CAGGCUCCUUUGCGGGUAAACAGACAUGGCCGACGAGGGAGAUCAGCCGGACGCUGCGCACAACAUGGGCAACCAUCUGCCGCUGCUGCCUGCAGAGAGUGAAGAUGAGGAAGAUGAAAUUGAAAUGGAAGUUGAAGACCAGGAUAGUAGAGACGCCAGAAAACCAAACAUCAUAAACUUUGACACCAGCCUGCCAACGUCACAUACAUAUCUGGGCGCUGAUAUGGAAGAGUUUCAUGGGAGGACUUUGCAUGAUGAUGACAGCUGUCAGGUAAUUCCAGUCCUUCCUCAAGUGAUGAUGAUCCUGAUUCCUGGGCAGACAUUACCACUACAGCUUUCCCACCCGCAAGAAGUCAGCAUGGUGCGGAAUUUAAUCCAGAAAGACAGAACCUUUGCCGUUCUUGCGUACAGUAAUGCGCAAGAAAGGGAAGCACAGUUCGGAACCACAGCAGAGAUUUAUGCUUAUCGAGAAGAGCAGGAGUUUGGAAUUGAAGUAGUGAAAGUGAAAGCAAUUGGACGGCAGAGGUUCAAGGUCCUUGAACUUAGAACACAGUCAGAUGGAAUCCAGCAGGCUAAAGUGCAAAUUUUGCCAGAGUGUGUGUUGCCAUCAACCAUGUCUGCAGUUCAGUUAGAAUCACUCAAUAAGUGCCAGAUAUUUCCUUCAAAACCUGUCUCUUGGGAAGACCAAUAUUCAUGUAAGUGGUGGCAGAAAUACCAGAAGAGAAAGUUUCAUUGUGCAAAUCUGACUUCAUGGCCUCGCUGGCUGUAUUCAUUAUAUGACGCUGAAACAUUAAUGGAUAGAAUUAAGAAACAGCUACGUGAAUGGGAUGAAAAUCUCAAAGAUGAUUCUCUUCCUGCGAAUCCAAUAGACUUUUCUUACAGAGUAGCUGCUUGUCUUCCUAUUGACGAUGUGUUGAGAAUUCAGCUCCUUAAAAUUGGUAGUGCUAUUCAACGGCUUCGCUGUGAAUUAGAUAUCAUGAAUAAAUGUACUUCCCUUUGCUGUAAACAGUGUCAAGAAACAGAAAUAACAACCAAGAAUGAAAUAUUUAGUUUAUCCCUAUGUGGUCCAAUGGCAGCAUAUGUGAACCCUCAUGGAUAUGUACAUGAGACACUGACUGUGUAUAAAGCUUCCAACCUGAAUCUGAUAGGUCGGCCUUCUACAGUACACAGCUGGUUUCCUGGGUAUGCAUGGACCAUUGCCCAGUGUAAGAUUUGUGCGAGCCACAUUGGAUGGAAAUUUACAGCCACCAAAAAAGAUAUGUCACCUCAAAAGUUCUGGGGCUUAACUCGCUCUGCUCUGUUACCCACAAUUCCAGAAACUGAAGAUGAAAUAAGUCCAGACAAAGUAAUACUUUGUUUGUAAGUGCAUUGUAGGAGUAACUUCCUAACAAAUUAUUUUCUCAAGUCAGAUCUGCUCCAGAGGUCACUGUCUCUGAUAUGUGUAUAGUGGUUACAGCAUUUGACUACCAAGUUCAAGAGCACACUUGUUCAGAGGAUGAAAAAGCAGAGUAAAACACAAGGCUGGAUUCAGAAGUAUCAGCUUUAGUAGCUUAGUGCCAUUAAUUAUCCUGUUGAAUGUGUCAUUGAUGGGAUAAGAAAACAUGUUUGAAAUGAUGAGAAUGACUAUGGAACAGGAUUAGGGCACAGCUCCACUAAAUGAUGAAUGUUCCAGAAGCUCAGUUGGCAAGCACAAGACAGAGGCAAAGCAGUGUAUAUUAUUUUGAAAGGAACAAAGUCCUUUUAAUUUUCUUUAGCUUGUCUGAGAUAUUGAUUUGUAAAUUUUGAAAAUAUUAAAGAGUAAAAUAAGCAGUUUGAACAGAAAAAAAUAGCAUUUUGUGUAUUUGCACUAUUUAUUUGAUAACCCUGUCAUGUGUAAGACCCUUUAAAUAGUAAUAUAUGUGCGUUUUGCAUUUAAGUGAACAGUAUAUCUUUCUGGGAUUAUGUCCUUUAGGAAAGGUUAAAGCAAUUAAAGGGCAUCUUUAAAUAAAACUUACCAAACUUAAUACCUAUGUCCAAACCUACACUUUAGUUGAAUUAUGUAAAAGUCAAAAAGUAAUUAAGUAAAAUUUAAAGUGAAGUACAGUAAUAAAAUGUAACUCCUCAGUGUCACUUUUUAAGUUCCACUUGAGUUCAUUUAAGCUGUAGUCAUAAAGUGAGGGAAUUCCGCUUUGUCCUUCUGCAGUGUACUCUCAUGAUCCAUACACUGUUUACCAUUACUUGCUAACAGUGCUGUUUAAAGGAUAGCACUCCAUCUGUAUACUUCCUACAUGCUUAUGCAGGUAGUGACAACAGGAGGAGCUCCAUGGUUAAACUCCCUCUUAUUUGGGCUUCGUCAUGAGUGAUUUUAUCAAACUCUAAGCCAUAUCCAUCUAAUUAGUAAAAUAAAUACUUAUGAUCACUAUCUGGGACCUGAUAGAAAGCUUUGCACACAUAAGGACAUCACAAAGUCCUGUGUAAAUGAAUGGCACUGUUGACUAACUUUAAAACUCAGUGAACAGCUAAGAGAACAUUAACUAGUUAUUUAGCACACACAAAUGUUGACAGUUACCACAUCCAGUCUAAACAAGUGACAGCUACAAUUUUCUCAUUGGCACUACUCCUACAGACUUGGAGAAUUCAGAGUUAAACCUGUAUUGAGAGGACAUAGACUUGCUCAUUUUUUUCUAUACUGCUAUACAAGAGUUUUAUCUUGCUGUUUCUUAGGAUUUAAGUAAGAAACAGAAGGAGAUAAAACCAGUCUUACCGAGAUUUCCCAUUAUUUCAUAUGGAGCUCAU